CAAGCACUAACAUGCAUCCGACUGGAAAAUUCAGGAGCCUAGGACGCGGUAUCAAAUACUAUUCAAGCCGAGUAUGGUCGAAAUAUAGAGCUCUUCCACUUUUCUGGAAGUUAAUCAUUUGGGGCGUAGUUCUGUUUGACAUCGCAUUGCUCGUGUUAUUUGUAGUCUUAGGACCAAGUACUGUCACGCAGAAAUUCUAUGACCUUGGACAGGAGCUGGCCCGACUACGUUUCGGAUGGGCCAUCUUAGCUGCAAUAAUGGUUAUAAUUUCAUUCCCGCCUCUUACUUUCUAUUGGACAAGCGUAUCCCUCUGUGGCUUCACAUACGGUCUCAAGGGAAUGUUUGUAGCCGCACCAGCAACCGUGAUAGGUUCUGCAAUAGUCUUCGUCGUCUUGAGGUCAUUAUUUAGGCACAAGUUGAGAGAGUGGACUUCCAAGAAUGAGAAAUGGCAGGCUUUAGAGGCCGUUAUCAAAAAGAAAGGUCUCCCACUCAUCAUUCUAAUUCGGGUGUCGCCCUUUCCUCCGUGGGCAUACUCAAAUGCAUGUUUCGCUUCAAUUGAGACAGUCGCAUUAUGGCAAUUCAUUGCUGCGAACAUCUUUCUGUUGCCAAAGUUGUUCCUGGUCGUCUUUUCCGGAUCUAGAAUAGCCAAGCUCGCAGAUGGCGAACAACGAGGUCGAAUGGACAUCGCUGCGAAAGUGGGAAACAUCGUAUUGGUUGUUGUUAGUAUAGCACUUGGUGUGAUUGCAGGCGUUGUCACGUAUAGGCUACUUCAGAAGCAACUCAAGGAACUCCAUGAGAGUCCAAAUCGCGAAGACGAACUGGCGGCUGAGGCAAUUGAAGAGGCAGAGGAAGGAGCUCCACUUUUACAAAACGUAUCUUCCGAUUCGCUUGACGUUUAAACUUGACGGCCGAGAGUAUUCGCUUAUCUUGUCCUCUUUUCUUGGUCUUGCUGCAUCUCACUCAUCCUGGACGUUCGUC